AUGGACUUGGAUUUGGAUCGCUUUUGUCGUGAAUUACCCAAAAUAGAGCUGCAUGCACAUUUAAAUGGGUCACUGAGUCGCUCUACAAUGCUACAGUUACAAAGAUACUAUGCAGAUGCAGGAAUAUCAGAUGAAACAAAUGCUUUCUUUGAUGAGUUCCAAAUUGGUGCAGGGGACACUAGAAAUUUGUCUGAUUGUUUUCAAGUGUUUAACAUCGCCCAUGCUCUAACAAGCACCCCAGAGACAUUGAAAUUAGCUACAACUUUAACACUCCAAGAGUUUCAAGAAGAUGGAUGCUGUUAUAUUGAAUUAAGGAGCACUCCUCGGGAUACAUCACAUAUGACGAAGAGGCAGUACAUAGACACAAUUGUACAAGCUAUGCAAAAAUCGUCACAAAGCCUUAGCAUAAUUUCUCUCCUUAUAGUAUCUAUAAAUAGAUCUAAUUCUAUAUCGGAAGCUGAAGAAAUAGCAGAUUUGGCAAUAGAGUACCAUAAAAAGUUUCCAAAUGUUGUGGUUGGAUUAGAGCUUAGUGGUAAUCCAGGUUGUGGAAAGUUUGAAAAUUUUGUAAAAAUAUUUUCAAAAACGAGAACUGCGGGCUUAAAAGUGACUCUUCACUGUGGUGAAAUCAGUAACCCAGAAGAAAUAUUGCAAAUGAUUCAGUUUAAGCCAGAUAGAAUCGGUCAUGGGACAUGUAUACAUCCUAAAUUUGGUGGAACUGAUGAUGUUUGGGAAGCUUUAUGUAAAUCUGGAAUACCUGUCGAGGUUUGCCUAACAAGUAAUGUUAAUACCAAGUCAGCCCCAGAUUACUCUUCACAUCAUUUUAAAUAUUUAUAUGAUGCUAAUAUACCUGUCAUUCUUUGUACAGAUGAUAAAGGAGUAUUUGCAACAUCUCUUUCGCAAGAAUACAGAAUUUGUUUAGAUACAUUUUUGUUAGAUAAAGUGAAGAUAGCAAGUUUAGCACUUAAUGCUAUUAAAUAUAUUUUUGCGGAAGAUAAACGAAAAUUACUGAGCGACAAAGUGCAGAAUUUUAUUGAUAAAAAUUGUGUGUAA